CGAAAGAUGGCGGCGGAAACGCUGCUGUCCAGCCUAUUGGGGCUGCUGCUUCUGGGGCUGUUGUUACCUGCAAGUCUGACCGGCAGUGUUGGGAGCUUGAACCUGGAGGAGCUGAGUGAAAUGCGUUAUGGAAUCGAGAUCCUGCCAUUGCCAGUCUUGGGAGGGCAGAGCCAAGCUUCCCACGUGGUGAUCAUCUCCUCCAAGUACAAACAGUGCUACGAGUGUCGCCUGCCCGCUGGAGCUAUCCACUUCCAGCGGGAGAGGGAGGAGGAGACACCUGCGUACCAAGGGCCUGGGAUCCCGGAGUUGCUGAGCCCCAUGAGAGAUGCUCCCUGCCUGCUCAAGACCAAAGACUGGUGGACGUACGAGUUCUGUUAUGGACGCCACAUCCAGCAGUACCACAUGGAAGAUUCAGAGAUCAAAGGUGAAGUCCUGUAUCUUGGCUACUACCAAUCGGCCUUCGACUGGGAUGAUGAAACAGCCAAGGCCUCCAAGCAGCAUCGCCUGAAAUGCUACCACAGCCACACCUAUGGCAAUGGGUCCAAGUGCGACCUCAAUGGGAGGCCCCAGGAGGCUGAGGUUGGGUUCCUCUGUGAUGAGAGCGCAGGCAUUUCCGGGGACUACAUUGACCGCGUGGACGAGCCCCUGUCCUGCUCUUAUGUGCUGACCAUUCGGACCCCCCGGCUCUGCCCCCACCCUCUCCUCCGGCCCCCACCCAGUGCUGCUCCACAGGCUAUCCUCUGCCACCCUUCCCUGCAGCCCGAGGAGUACCUGGCCUACAUGCAAAGGCAAGAGGACUCAAAGCAGGAUGAAAAUAAAGUCAUAGAGGAGGUGCAAGACCUAGAGCCCCAAAUGUGGAGUGAGGCCAAGCCUGGGGCGGUACCCCCAAAGAGAGCAGGUGCGAGCCCAGCCAAGGACGACAGUAAGGAACCUGAUUUCUGGAAGAUGCUUCACGAGCCAGAGGAGCAGGCCCCCAGAGGGGAAGGGGCAGAGGUGGAGGAGCAGGACCCGAAUCCGGAGGCAGCAGACGUGGCUCCAGGCCCUCCCAGCGAUUUUCAGAACAACGUCCAGGUCAAGGUCAUUCGGGGUCCUGCCGACUUGAUUCGCUUGAUAGAGGAGCUGAAAGGUGGAACGAAAAAAGGGAAGCCAAACGCAGGCCAAGAGCAGCCGGACGAGGACGUCCCAGAAGCCCCUCAGAGGGAACCGGAGGGCAAGGACAAGGGUGACGCUGACCCUCCGGGUGAGGUGGGAGAAGAGGACGACGGGGACGAGGACGAAGACGAGGACGAGGACGAGCUGCAGCUUCUGGGGGAGUUUGAGAAGGAGCUGGAAGGGAUCCUGCUCCCAUCCGACCGAGAGCGGCUCCGCGCCGAAGUGAAGGCAGGCAUGGAGCGGGAGCUGGACAGCAUCAUCCAGGAGACAGAGAAGGAGCUGGACCCGGAUGGGCUGAAGAAGGAGUUGGAGCGCGAUUGAGCCAUGCUGGCUCUGACGUCCACUCUCAGCAAGCUCAUGAAAAGGCUGGAGGAG